CCUGUCCGUCCGUCCCAGGUAGGAACCUCGAUAACCGCUGUCGGCAGGCAAUCGACGACUCUAAUUCUUCCCGCCACUUCGCAAAUAAAACAUCACACAAUUUACAACACAAUGUGAUACUGAGCCCGCCGGGUUUCGAAAAAUUACACCGAUACCAGAAAGAAUACUACCAUCCGCAAUCCAGUCGCGACCAUGGCAUUUCCCAUCAUUCUCAUCUUCGCAGCGCUGGUCGCGGCCGUCUCGAACCACACCUACGACCUCGGUCAGCGCUGGGGCCCAUACCGGCCCAACCUUUACUUUGGCGUGCGGCCCCAGGUCCCCAAGACAUUGCUGGCAGGCCUCAUGUGGGCCGAGGGGGGCGCGCGCAUACUCGACACGCUGCGCGACACAUGCGAGCAGGACGAUGGUAUGGAGGGUUACGGCUGGCCCAUCUACGACACGCGCGUCGGCGGCAGGCAGGAGAUUCAUGAUGCCCAGCUUGGUAUUGACCUGACCACCGAGUUUGUCAAGACGCCCGACGGGGACAACUGGGCCGUCCGCGUCAAUGGAGUGUCGCGCAGCAGUGAAGCGACGCCGAAGAUUGCUCUUGUCUUUCACUUUGCCUUGGAGGAUACGGGUGCCGACGAGACGGCCAAGUCGCUCAAGUGUCAGAUCGACGCCGCAGGCAAUACCAGCAUGGGUGUCUGCACAGGCACCGAUCCGUCACUGGGAGAAUUCACCAUCGAGCUUCUGCAUAGACUGAGUAAUUCCGUUGUGGAACAAGCGUCUGUCAUGAGCACUUUCGUCCCAGAAGAACAAAUAUGGCAAGCCAAAGCCGCUUUCACCAACAUAUCUAAGUUUUCUACGAGCGCCUCUGGAAAUGGCAAAGAAAAUAUAUACUUCUUCAAAACAGUCUUGCAGACCCCAUUUUCGCUGGAUUUGAUAUACUCAACAAAAGGCUCCACGUCCACGAUAACAUCCACUUCCCUCACAAAGCUUCUUGAGGACUUUUACCUCUCGUUUCCCCAGCGCGUAUCGUCCGUCUUUCCACAAUCAGCCCCUUUCCAGGGUGAAGAUUAUACCAAGUUCACCCAGGCUCUUCUGUCCAAUCUUAUGGGCGGCCUUGGUUUCUUCCACGGUGAUAGCAAGGUUGACGAUUCCCAUGCUCCCGAGUACGAAGAAACAGACAUCAAGUUCUGGGAGUUGGCGGCAGAGGCCAUGAAGAGAGCAAAGAUAGUGACGGCCCCACCACGCUCGCUCCUCUCUCAUACCCCUUCACGUCCCUUCUUCCCUCGCGGGUUCCUAUGGGACGAGGGCUUCCACCUCAUCCCGAUAAUUGAAUGGGAUCUUGACCUCACCGUUUCAGUGCUGCGUAGCUGGCUCAGCCUCAUGGACUCUGACGGCUGGAUUGGCAGGGAGCAGAUCCUCGGCCCAGAGGCUCGCAGUAAAGUCCCGUCUCAGUUCCAGGUCCAAUACCCCCACUACGCAAACCCACAAACUCUCGCGCUGCUCUUCCCAAUCCUGCUGCAAAAGAUGAAAAACCCGUCAUCUUACAAAGGCAACCCGUCCAAGUAUCUUGCCGAUCCCGACGGAGCAGGGAAACCCAUGUUACGCGAGCUUUACAACCUCCUGUCAAAACACUACGCUUGGUUCCGCCGCACCCAGGCCGGAAACUUUAGUAGCAUUUACCCUCGACCAGAAGGAGCCGUUACCGUUGGGGAGGGCUACCGAUGGCGAGGUCGCACGCCCCAGCACACACUGACCAGCGGCUUGGACGACUACCCCCGCGCCGAUCCUCCACACCCUGCCGAGCUCCACGUCGACGCCCUCGCCUGGGUGGGUGCCACUUCAUCCGCCCUGGGCCGCCUGGCUGCGUACCUCGGUGAGGCUGUUGAUGCCGAGACUUACCAACAACACCACGAGGGCGUGCUGCGCAAUCUCGAUCUGUUACAUUGGGAUGAGGAUGCGGGUGCAUACUGUGAUACCACUGUCGCCGACGGGCGGUUCGAGCGCGUCUGCCAUUUGGGUUACGUCAGCGUCAUUCCGCUCAUGCUGGGGCUUGUAGGUGCCGAUAGCCCCCGGCUCCCUGCGCUCCUGGAACUGGUCGGUGACUCUGAUCGGCUGUUUUCUCAGUACGGUUUGCGGAGCCUCAGCGCCAAGGACUCGGGUUAUGGUGGUGGGGAUGACUAUUGGCGGGGCGCGGUAUGGGCCAACUUGAACGUGCUGGCGGCGCUACGGCUGGCAGACCUUGGUCGUGCAAGUAACGGAGAGGAAAAGAUCCGGGCGAGGGCCAAAGAGUUGGGCGCAGAGCUGAGGAAGCGGUUGGUCGAGACAGUUUACAAAAACUGGAAGCAAACUGGGUUUGUAUGGGAGCAGUACUCGGACAAAACAGGCGAAGGCAGACGGAGCAGGGCUUUCACGGGCUGGACAGCCUGCGUGAUUUUGCUGAUGGGUCACGUUGACGGCGGGGCGGCAGCAGGAGGAGGGGCUUCUACAAACGGAGCCCGACGGUCGAGUUGGUGGCUGACAGGGUCAGGUACCAGCAGUUCAAUGUUUUCGACCGGGCGAAGGGGCUUUUCCGCGCCCAUAUUUGUUGGGGUCGUGGGGGCCCUAGCGGCAGCUGUCCUUCCUAGGCGCAUGCUUUUCAGGCUCUGGCGUAGGGUGGUAGACCGCAUGCGAGGAACUCUGGGAUAUGCACAGGUGCCACAGAGGGCUUCGGACUGGCUCGUAAGGUAG